GUCCACCAUCAAAACACAGGGCAAAGUUAGUCAGCAAGUUGCAUAGCUUUUCUACCGUUGGAUUCCUCAAGCCUCUUUUGUACCAAGUUCCACAAUGUUUUUCACGGCACCGGACCUGACAGGGAUGCUGGAGAACACAAUGAAAGCGGCGGACAAAGCGAUUGUGGCAAAGUCCUUUGGAAAAUGGCAAAGCAGCUCUCAGAGGUCCAGGACCAUGGAGAAGCCGGAUGAGCCUUCAGAAGGCACUGAAGAGGCAAGCUGUUCCAGCAGCACCUGUGAGUCACCCAAAAAAGAGGAUGCUUUUUACACCAAAGCCCUGAGGAGCCGAGAGAAGAGACAGAGCAGAGAGCACAGUGGACCCAGAGGGCCUUGCAACUCACGGACUUUAUUGCCUUGUACAAAGAUGGAUUCUGAAGGUGACGAGAACCGCAUCGAACAGUGUAACGGCAAUGCCAUUAUGGCUGACUGCGUCGCUGACACUCACAGUAGCCUGCACCUUUCCACUGGGAGGAAGAGGAGCGCCGGUGAAGGUGCCAACGGAGCACCAGUUAACAAGAGGAAAUCUCUGCUGAUGAAGCCACGGCACUACAGCCCCAGCCCCAGCCCAAGCGAGGAGGACCGGGAGGAGGACCUGGCAACCGCUCAGGACAAAGACGCGCCCAGGAACAUUGACACUCCAGCAGAUGAAGAUCUGGACAGUAGUGAUGUUCUUCUCAACCACAUUCACCCCGAUGCCAGAGCCAAGUCCCACAGUUCUCUAUCGUGCUCAGAGCGCACCAGUGAAGGGUCACCCGUCCUACCUGCUCAGUUCUCCGACUCACAGAAUGAGUAUGCUGAGAAGCAGCUGGACCAAGACUUUGCUGAAAGAAGCCCCGACAGACUUGCGGCGUCUUGUGACCCGUCUCAGGAAAAAGGCCCAGAUGUUGAUAUGGAGGAGGAAGGCGGAUGGACCAGUCCACCUCCUCUGUUGCUGGCCAAUGGUAUCCACUGCAGCCCCAGCCCUGCAGACGAUGGCCUUCCCAGGAGACCCCGCAUGGGACACCAGGCCCUCUCCAUGUAUGUGAACCGAGGUGGCCUGCUGAUGGAGGACUUCACCUACAGCAGAGAGCUGAGUGACAGCGAAGACGAGCCCCAGGUGCCCAGGCUGGACGAAAGGCUGGCCGGCUGGGGGCUCGGACUGGCUGCCCGGCCGCUGGAACUGGACCGUGCACGGCUCAACCUCAGUCUCCUGGAGCAGGCCAUGGCCCUGAAGUCUGAGCACAGGCAGGUCCUCCACAAUGCCUACAGGGAUAUGGACCACUUCUUCCUAGAACAGGUCAACCACGAGCGGAGGCAGCAGAGGUUGCUGGAGAUGGACCCUCGGGUGGCUUACCACAGCAGCAAAGAAUCUCCACGGACAGAUAAGAAAGACAUCAAGUGCCCCACGCCAGGCUGUGACGGCACAGGUCACGUGACUGGACUGUACCCCCAUCACAGAAGCUUGUCCGGAUGUCCCCACAAAGUUCGAGUGCCUCCUGAAAUCCUAGCCAUGCAUGAAAAUGUGUUGAAGUGCCCGACCCCAGGCUGCACAGGAAGAGGUCAUGUCAAUAGUAACCGCAGCACCCACCGGAGUCUCUCAGGCUGCCCAAUUGCUGCAGCAGAAAAAGUCUCUAAACCACAAGAUGACCUGUCGAAAUGUAGGCAGACUUCAGACAGGAUGGCAAGACCGUUGGUUCAGAUGAAGAAGUUUGAUUUCAGUCAGCUGGCCUAUCGGUUUGCUCAUCCUGUGGCUGCCUUGCAGGCUGGCAUGGCCAAAGAGAUGGACAAGUUCAGCAAGGGCCAUUUCGACUAUGCCAGUUUUGAUGCUCAGGUGUUCGGCAAGCAAGCCCAAAUGGCACCAGAUCAGAGCCAAGAGACCUCGCAUCUCCCUGACUCCACUCCACAAUUUCCCUGUUUUCUGGGUCCGGGUGGUCGUGUGGCCAUGCCUGGGGUCCACAGCCCCGGCCACCCUAAAGCCCCAAGCAGCGCCCUCCAGUCCAGUACGGCCGCUGCCGCCAUCCUCAACCUCUCUACCCGUUACCGGGACAACGGCGAGGCCCAUCCUACCGCCCGGCCUCUGGCACAGUCCACAAAGGACUCCAUGAUUGAGGUAGAUGAGAAUGGUACUCUGGACCUCAGCAUGAAGAAGAAGAAAGAGAAGAUUGCGGAAUCUCCAGUCAUGCCUGCUUUAGGCGAAGCGGUCUUCACUCCUCCCGAUUCAUCUCUAGCCAAAGCAGAAGGUCUGCAGAUUUCACCAUCGUUCUAUAGAGCUGUCUAUGAGCAGGAGGGCUGGGACACACCACUCAACUUCAGCAAAGCACCUUUUCAGCAGGACAAAGAAAUGGAGCAGCAGGAGAGGAUGUCACUCGAGGAUAAAGUGUUCUCCGGAGACACAAGCAUGAGCGGCGUCAAGAACAAGAUGCUUAUAAGAGAUACUAAGAAAGAACUGAUGAGUUGUCCAACACCAGGCUGUGAUGGGAGUGGCCAUGUGACAGGAAAUUAUGCAUCACACAGAAGUAUAUCAGGAUGCCCAUUAGCUGACAAGACCCUCAAAUCACUGAUGGCUGCCAAUGCACAGGAACUGAAGUGCCCUACUCCUGGGUGUGACGGCUCAGGACAUGUGACAGGAAACUAUGCUUCUCAUCGGAGGUGGGUUUUGUCAGGAUGCCCUCGUGCCAGAAAAGGAAGCCUGAAGCUCACACCUAGCAAAGAGGAGAAGGAGGAGCCAGACAUAAAGUGUCCUGUAGUUGGUUGUGAUGGUCAGGGUCAUGUCACAGGGAAAUAUACGUCCCACCGGAGUGCCGGUAGUUGCCCCAUCGCAGCCAAGCGCCAAAAGGAGAGCACCCUGAAUGGAAUGGCCUUCUCCUGGAAGACCUGCAAGCAGGAGCUGCCCCACUGCCCCCUUCCUGGCUGCAACGGCCUGGGACAUGCCAACAAUGUGUUCGCCACGCACAGGAGUUUGUCAGGUUGUCCGCUUAAUGCUCAAAGCAUCAAGAGGAAGCUCUCAGGAGAGGAGAUGACCAUCAAACUUAAAACCAGCAGUGGCAUUGAGGGAAGUGAGGACAUGCAGCAUUUGGAUCAUGAAAUAAAAGAGCUGAAUGAAUCCAAUCUGAAAAUAGAGGCUGACAUGAUGCAACUUCAGACUCAGAUCUCAUCCAUGGAGUGCAACCUAAAGACCAUUGAAGAGGAGAACAAGAUGAUCGAGCAGCACAACGACAGCUUGCUGAAGGAGCUGGCACGGCUCAGUCAAGCACUUAUCAACAGCCUUACUGACAUCCAGCUACCACAAAUGGGUCCGAUAAAUGAGCAGAACUUUGAAGCUUAUGUGAAGACUUUGACGGAUAUGUAUAACAGUUCAGAACAUGAGUACUCUCCAGAAUGCAAGGCCUUACUGGACAGCAUCAGACAGGCCAUUAAGGGCAUCCAUGUAGAAACAGUCUACUCACCAUGAAGUACUGUACUUGCAGACAAGCAAUAUCUCUGGACAGCUGGUUUUUGUUUUCUUUGGUUUUUGGGGUAUGGCUGGCUUCAAACCAUGUGCAAGAAAGAGCUUAUAUUUAAAAAAAAAAAAGUAAACUAUAUUCAUUCCAUGGAUUGCACUGAUAAUUACCAGCCAGUUUUUAUCACAAUUUCAAACUUUUUAUUUAUUGAAAUUGAUUUUGGUGAGAUUCUGAUCCCCUUUUGCACUUAUUUAUUUCCUUUGAUUUGCUUGAUUUAACUCUGUAUGUGUUCUUUUGUGUAUUAAGACUAUUAUUACUAUUUAUUGUCUUUAUUCAUCAAAAAUAAUUUAUUGAACAGUAAUAUAUUUUAUUUAUUUUAUAUUUAACAUCAAUGUUGGCUGUUGGUAUCCUUUUUUUCUGGCACUUCCGCUCAAUGUAUUACAAAUGACUUAGGCUCAAGCACAUUUGCAUUUGUCGUAUUUUAUUUGGUAGUUUUUUUUGUUGUUGUUAAAAGAAAUGGAGAAAAAAAAGAGGAAAAAACAUGUUCACUUGCAUUUGUGAUACUCCUCCACCAGUGACUGAUGGCAUAUGUAAUAAUAGUCCUGUUGCUCCACCUAGUGGCAGCGAGCUCUUACUGGUCGGCCAUGCAAGGCUCAGUCUUCAACUCUCAAUGGUCUUCUUUCUGAAUGUAUUGUGUGCUACAAAUAAAUUUUCCAAAUAACACUGAAUCAUAAAUCAGUAUUCAUAGCUACUGAGGUCAAAUCAGUUUCAUUUAAACACUCUGACUGUACAUUGCCAUUUUAUUACCAGGACAUCAAGUCAAGGGGAAAAAAAUCACUACAUAAAAUAACUGAUUUGCGUUUCUAUCAAUAUGAACUGCCUUUGGUGUGCACACUCUUGUGUGUGCAUAUAUGUGCCUAUAUGUAAAUGAUUACAUGGAAUAUACUAUGUUUUUGUGGUAGAACAGUAUUACGUGAAUGGUGAUUCCUUUUAUUAUACAGUAUAUUUAUUUUCAGAAAGAAAAAAAAGCCUCUAACUCUGUUUAGCUACUGUUUAUAUGCCAUUUUAAGUAUCGGAUGAUAUUGUUGUAAUACGAAGAUCAAGUGUUUCAUCAUUUACUAUGAAUUAGUACAUUCUCCGCCAAGCUAAAAUGCAGCGUUUGACCCUUUCAAAGACCUUCAAAAGAAAAUACGCAACUUUUUAAAAGGCUUCUUUGUGUCUUAAAGAUAGUAUUAUCUGGCUAUGGUCAGUUCUGAGUUGCAAUUACUUUUCCACUAUAGACUUGUAUUCGCCAUGUUUUUAAGGGCAGUACAUCCAUGGCCUCCUCUGAUUUUUGUAUGAAGCUAGGUGUAUGGUCCACUAACUGCCAAGCAGAUCCAAGAGAGUCCUACGGUGGAAAACAACCUUGCAAAAUAGACUUUGUGCACAACAAAAGAGGCACGGUUUGAAGUGACGUUUUUAACACAGAUGACCACUGAUAUUAUUACAUGUGUUUUCCAGAUUAGUGUGAGCAGUCACACUCCUUUAAAUCUAACUGCCAGAGAAGAAAAUUUACAGGUCACUGAGUUUUUAAAAAAAAGAAGCUAUAUUUGACCAAAUCCCUAUACUGAAUCCAAUCCUUAAUCAACAGAAUGAAAAUCUUUUGAAAAGAAGUGUAAUUUAUAAUUGUGUUAAAUUAUUUGUAAUUCCUAAUAUUUAAUUUAUAAACCACACAUUGUUUGCUCAGGAACUUUUGUGAGGACUAUUUAUUUUUUUCGCGUUUGUAUUUGAUGUUUUGUAAUGUGAAAUGAAUUUUUUUGUGUAAUGAUAUUAGUAUGGAACACUGUACUGUAAAUUAUUUUGUUUCUUUUUGAUUAAAACAAAAUGCUUUUUUUUCAGUUAAAGUAGUUUCUAUAUUGAAGUUUCUUUACACUUUUACUAUUUCAUAAGCAGUAAUGCGCUGUGUUGUACAGUUUGUGUAUGGUAGAAAUAAACAAUUUAACGAUCUCUUGAAUCGUCA